AUGAAUAAUGCUAAAGGCCCGGAAGAUAGCUCACCACAAGGGAGCCCGCGUAUGAGAGAGCCCCAAUAUACGGCCGCAGAGAAAUGGCACUCAGCGGAACUAACUAGAGCGAGGAAGUGGCUCCCAGACACUUGUUCCGGGAGUUAUGCAAAUACCGCCGCGAGGCUAUGGACAAUAGGAAGAAAUAAUAGGCCAAAAGGGCGAGGACUGGCAGAAGAUGCACCGUUAGGAAAGUCACUUGAUGUCAAGGCAAACAUAAUGUCCCCGGAUCAGGCCUACCCACAUGCCGUUGUCGGUUCGCAAGCACUCUCCAACCCGAACUAA